AACUAUAAAUAGCGCGGCCGCAGAAGCAGCGUACGCAUGCUCAUGUUUGAUUGGGAAUCACAGCGCCCCAAGUCAGAGCUUGGGGCAUCUGUCAAAGCAGAGACACAACUUUGUCUAUGCUGACAUCAACUUUUAAAAGGUUUAUUUUUUUGCUCGGAGAACUUUUCCCGACAUGAGUUCACGGCGGACAACGGCACGCUCCUUAUCGGCCAAUGGAAUACCCAGCCAUGGGAAUAGGAGCAAUGAGAGCAGCCGGCCUGGAAGCUGCAGUUAUAUCACCAACGUGAGACCAGAGAACAGAUAUCAUGGAGGAAUCGGUCGUCGAAGACGGACGAUGGAGAAGACGGACGAAAUGCUAGCCGACAUCCUCGACAAUCUUAAAUCCGUUGACAGUGGAACCAAUCGAGAGCAUUCUUUCGUAGCGGGGCCAUCGCUAGCCUGGAGCUUGCUGCUAAUGCUAAUGCUAAUGAGGAGCACACUGUUCAACAUGAUAGCACAACUGACAGAGGACCAACAACCAAGCUUUCCAACUACUCUCAGGUCCAGAGCUGUGUCGGAGAACUCCAACGUCAAGUUCUACUGCGUGGUUACAGGAUAUCCUAUCCCUCAAGUCACUUGGUAUAAAGAUGACAAGCAGCUGGACAGAUUGUGUGGACUCCCAAAAUAUGAAAUAUUUCGCAAUGGACAAAACCACUCCCUGCAUAUUUACAACUGCACCGUGGACGAUGCUGCCAUGUACCAGGCUUCAGCCAGUAACAGUAAAGGCAUCGUGUCCUGCGCUGGGGUUCUGGAGGUGGGUGUUAUGGGCGAGUUCGAGAUCCACCAGCGCUACUUUGCCAAGCUCAAGCAGAAAGCAGAGAACAGAAGCAAGGAAAUUGAAGGCAAGGAGAACCAAGAGCCACUGCGGACCGUCAGCCCGGAACGCUGGCAGAGGAAGCGGCGCUCCAGCAUGGAGGCUUUCCUGAGCACGCCCAGUUCCACAGAGGACGAGGGCAGCAACGAGGAGGGCGGACAAUCUGUGACUUUGGAGUCAGAGGUGAGGUUGGAGGAGCACACAGAGGGGCUUGUGGAGGAAAAGACAAGCCCUAUGAUUUCUUCCAAAACAAAUGGUCAGGUCAGUCAGGAAAAUGGAAGUGUCGGUGGUAAGAGUCCUUUUGUCAAGAAGAAGAUUAGGAUUUCCAGCAGUGCAAAUAUGGAGCGAGCUGAGAGGAUGUCUAAAGAGGAGAUGGAAGUGGAAAGUUACAUCCCUCCAUUCCUGCCUGACAGGGCAGAACGUGGGAAGUAUCCAAGCAAUGGAAGUUCGGAGGAGCCGGUGAGGCCUCCUCUGGAACUUUCCGAAGGAAGAGUAAAGAAAGAGAAGGCAAGUGACAUUAAAGCCAAAGAAAAAGUCUCAGAGAAGAAGACUCAAAGUCCUCACAUGACCUCCAGACUGAAAAGUGCACCUCCAAGCAGAGUUAUGGAGGACCCGAGAAGAACAAAGAAAGUUCCAAUCAUGGCUGAGAAGGCUGACACUUCCACACAUGCAGAUCAUGGAUCAGUGCACCUGGUCUCUCCAAGCCAGACCGCUUUACCAGGGAAACCCCCCCAGCAGACUGCAGCUCAGCCCCCCAAAAAGGAAACAAAGCUGUCUCCGGGGAAUGCGUCUGUGCCGAGUGAGGUUACACGAGCCCGCACUAGGAUGAGUGGGAAUGUUGCCCCUGUCAACCCAGAGCCUCCACCUGACCGGCGUUCGGUAGGCGUACAACCAAAACGGAAGGUUUCAGCCACAAUAAAAGACCGCCUGACAAAUUUUAUCACACCUAUUGUUGAGCCAAAGCAGGACACAAGGCAUCUUUCCACUGGAUCAAAGAAAAGCCUUUUUGCACGUCCUCAGAAGACGGCUCUCAUUUCAUCUGCAGGCCAGAAAAGCCAGAAUGGCUUAGUUGUGAAAUCUGUACAAGGAAUAAAAGGUAAUGAGAAGGUAGAAGGAAAUGAUCUUCGCAAGUCAGUGGUGCUGGGUUCAUCGUCUUCUUCAGGCAAGAUUCAACGAGCUGAAGACACCAGAGAUAAAGUCGACAAAGCCUCCAAUGUUUGUGCGUCUAAGGGAAAGAAGACCGAGUCUAGUUUAAAGCCCAAUACUGAAUUACAGACUAAUGAACCGACUAAAACUGAGACUGUUGCCCCACGUUCCAAAGAACAUCCAAACUCACAUGAGCAGCAACCCGAAGGCUUCCAAGAAAUCUCCAAACCUGUGACCAGAAUCGUAUCUGUCGCAGAGAUUUUAAGAGCCCAAAUAAGGGCGCUGGAGUUGGAGCUAGCAAGUCUGACAAAUGCUGAAGACCAAAGCAUAACAAAUUAUGACAACAAAUGUGAAUCUCAAGUUCAGAAGUCAGAACCAGAAAGCCUUCUGGAGAGUAUUGUGGGUAGAACAUAUCUGAGAGAACAUUUUGUAAAGCCAAAUAAUGACAGCAAGAGUAACACUCAAGAUGCAAUUUCGACAAGUUUUCAAAAAGAUCCGAGUCCGUCUGUCCCCGCCCUGCUUGACAAAGAAGACAAUCAAGGUUUCUUGAACACGCCCCAUGUAGGUUAUUUACCUUCUAUUUCAAUAAAUCCCAAAGAGGAGGCAACCCAAAAACCUGCAUUAAGAGCCACAGAUGAUGGGAAUGAAAGGAAAGAUAUGGGGCUCAAUAGAAAGAUGAUCCCAGAAAUUAAACUCACCAAUGAAACUCAACACUCUUCUCAAACAGUUGUAGAUCAAGACACAAUAGAAGAUCCUAAUCCAACCAUUUGUUCACAAGAGGUGCAGAUGUUUGCCGAUAAAUGUGUCCUUGAUACAGUCACACAAGAAAACCUUUGUCUCCAAAAAAGCCAGUCCUUGGUUAAAGACGUUUUUGGGAGUGCGUUUGUACGCAAUUCAAAUCCUGAAGCCAGUAUGUUAUUGAGGAAACGAGACUGUGACUCUCCUUCGCCUUCUGCCACCCCACAAGAGCAAGCGUUAGGGGCCCGCCGCAAAAUUCUUACCUCUAAGGCCACACGAGCAGAGAGCACAGAGACUAAUUUACAACCUGAUCACCAACCUGAGAAACAAGAGAUGUAUCUGCCAGACAGCAACGUUUCCACAAUCCUGUCGUCUCCAGACUCUGCGGGGCAGUCACCUCUUCUACAACCCAAAGACGAGAGGACUUCUCCUGCAGAGAAGUCGCCACUGUUGUAUUUCCCAGACAGCAACGUUUCCACAAGUCCUGUGACUAUCCUGUCGUCUCCAGACUCUGCGCAACAGUCACCUCUUCUACAACCCAAAGACGAGAGGACUUCUCCUGUAGAGAAUAAAUCGCCAAUGUUGUCGUUCCCAGACAGCAGUGUUUCCACAAGUCCUGUGACUAUCCUGUCGUCUCCAGACUCUGCGCAACAGUCACCUCUUCUACAACCCAAAGACAAGAGGACUUCUCCUGUAGAGAAGUCGCCACUGCUGUCUUUGCAAGACAGCAACGUUUCCACAAGUCCUGUGACAAUCCUGUUGUCUCCAGACUGUGCGGGGCAGUCACCUCUUCUACAACCUAAAGACGAGAGGACUUCUCCUGUAGAGAAGAAGUCGCCACUGUUGUUUUUCCCAGACAGCAACGUUUCCACAAGUCCUGUAACUAUCCUGUCGUCUCCAGACUCUGCGCAAAAGUCACCUCUUCUACAACCCAAAGACGAGAGGACUUCUCCUGUAGAGAAGAAGUCGACACUGCCAGACAGCAACGUUUUCACAAGUCCUGUGACAAUCCUGUCGUCUGCAGACUCUGCGGGGCAGUCACCUCUUCUACAACCCAAAGACGAGAGGACUUCUCCUAUAGCGAAAAAGUCGCCACUGCUGUCUUUCCCAGACAGCAAUGUUUCCACAAGUCCUGUGACUAUCCUGUUGUCCCCAGACUCUGUGCAAAAGUCACCUCUUCUACAAGCCAAAGACGAGAGGACUUCUCCUGUAGAGAAGAAGUCGCCACUGUUGUCUUUGCCAGACAGCAACGUUUCCACAAGUCCUGUGACAAUCCUGUCGUCUCCAGACUCUGCGGGGCAGUCACCUCAUCUACAACCCAAAGACGAGAGGACUUCUUCUGUAGAGAAGAAGUCGCCACUGCUGUCUUUGCCAGACAGCAACGUUUCCACAAGUCCUGUGACUAUCCUUUUGUCUCCAGACUCUGCGCAACAGUCACCUCUUCUACAAGCCAAAGACGAGAAGACUUCUCCUGUAGAGAAGUCGCCACUUAUGUCUUUGCCAGACAGCAACGUUUCCACAAGUCCUGUGACAAUUCUUUCGUCUCCAGACUCUGCGCAACAGUCACCUCUUGAACAGCCCAAGGAUGAGCAGACUUAUCCUUUAGAGAAGAAGUCACCACUGCUGGCUAGGAAGAAGAUGACAACGCCAUUGAGCCAAACACCCAAUGAGGAACUCCAAAGUGACAAAAGUGAGAAGCCCAAACCUGACCCAUGCAAAGCCCCUCAAGUUAUCCGUAAAAUCCGAAGUGAAAGGUUUGCGGACGCAUCGGGACACCUGAAACUAUGGUGCCAGUUCUUCAACAUUCUCAGCGACUCUACAAUUACUUGGUACAAGAAUCAAGCGGAGAUUGCUCGGAUCAAAAGAAAUGAGGCGGACGAGAGUCAGGUCAAUCUGGCAGUCGUUCAAGCGUCAAGUAAAGACUCUGGUGUUUACAAAUGCACGAUCACUAACGAUUACGGGAGCGACUCAACUGACUUUCUGCUUGGUCCAGACAUUCUGGCUGGAAUUUCUCUGCGCGAGGACCCUGGAGUUGGAGAAGAAAUUGAAAUGACGCCACAGGUGUUCAGUAAGGGCGUGGCUGACUGUGGCAUCUGGGGCAGCAAGUUGUUUGGCCGCGUAAUGGUGCAGAAACCCUGUAUCUCCGAAGGCUGCACCCACAAAGUCUGGAGGGCUAAGGUCAUUUAUGGCUUGGAGCCCUUGUUUGAGUCCGGAAACACAUGUGUCAUCAAAACCAGCCGCCAUGUUGCUUAUGGUGGCAGGGAGGAGCACAGCCUCAUAGACAGGAACAUGGACUUAGUCAAGCUGGAGUGUAAAAUUCAAAAUCUGGCUCGGGAAUACUGCAAAAUCUUCUCUGCAGAGGCGAGAGUUAUUGAAAACUUUGGACCCCCUCUUGAGGUAAUCCCGGUCCACUUGAUGUACCGGCCAGCCAACACGAUCCCCUACGCCACGGCGGAAGCUGACCUGACAGGAGCGUAUCAGAAAUAUGUCUUCCUGGACGAUACAGGGAGGAUGGAGAGGAGAACUGCGUCCGAAGUGGAGCUUAAGUGUUGUGCUCUGCAGCAUUGGCUCUUUCAAUGGACCAACGGCAAUCUGCUCAUCACCCGGCUAGAAGGUGUCGACGCAAAGCUCACCAACAUUGGAAUGGCAGUCAGAUCCACAGGACAUCAAGGUCUGGCCAUCGAGGGCAAGCCUCGAGUGUUUGAGCAUUUUGUGUCGCAGCACCAGUGCAAUUACUUCUGCGGGCUGCUGACCCUGAGGUCGCUGAAGCUUCUGGACUCGCUCACGGCGCCGCCUGCAAAGCCUAAAGGCUCCAGGAGUCCUUUACUGCAGCGUAAGAGUCAAGCUCCUGGCUCCUGCAGCCCCCAGGGUGGGAGGAAAGCAGGCAGCAGCCCCCUGCUGCCAAGGAAGGCCGAGCAAGACGGAAGAAAGACCCCCACUGGACAGAAGGUUGCUGAUGCUGCUGAAACUCAUAGUUGAAGUUUCUCUAAAACCACGCCGUUCUUUCACUUCCUAUUGUUUACUUCCAGCUUCCAAUACUUUUGUCCACAUAGUGUCAGUGUCAGUUCAGGGUUUUUAUGUAUUAUUCAAAAUUUAAACAGUAAACAACUCAUUUUAGUCAAGUCAUUAGCAUAAAACAAGCAAGGUCACAUGACAGGUCACAUGACGCUGAUGUUCAGCGACACACACACACACACACACACACACACUGUAUAUUCUAAUGCACACACAC